AUGACACUUUCCAAGGUCAUCAUCGUCGGCGCUGGACCUGCAGGCUGCGUGCUGGCGUUACUUUUGGCCAACGCCGGCAUCAACGUAGAAUUACUCGAGGCGUCCGACACGCUCGACGACUCUCCGCGAGCCAGUUUCUACCCCUGGCCGGCUGUGCGCGAACUCGAACGCGCCGGGCUGCUUCCUGAGGUCCGAGAACGAGGUUACGUGGUCUCAGACGGUGUGUCAUGGCGUCGAGUCGAUGGCUCGCUGAUCGGCCGGAUGGACGCGUCGAAAGUGCCCUACGACCGCCGCUUGCACGGUCUCCCACUGGGCAAACUGCUCGCCUUGACGCGAGAGCAUCUCGACCGUAGACCGAAUGCGACGAUCCACUAUCUUCACAAAGUCACGCGCCUUGAUCAGGGUCAGAACAGUGCCAGGGUCUACGUCGACACGCCCGAGGGCGAGAAGCUCUUCGAAGCAGACUACAUCGUCGGCUGUGACGGAGCGAACAGCACAGUUCGUCGCGCAUUAUUCGGUGAAGAGUUUCCUGGGUAUACGUGGCCCGAGCAGAUUGUUGCUACCAACGUAUACUACGAUAUCAGCAAGUACGGUUGGGGCCAAGGCGCCUUCAUUGUCGACAAGGAGAACUUUGCUCUCAUCGCUCUACUACAGAACGAUGGCCUAUAUCGCGUUAGCUACGGCGAGAAGGUCGGUCUGACGAAAGAGGAAUACGAGGCCCGUCAGCCUGAGAAGUUCCGCAGGAUUCUACCUGGCAACCCAGAGCCCAAGGACUAUAAACUCGUGUCACUCAACCCGUACAAGAUACACCAACGAUGUGCACAGAGCUUUCGGGUGGGUCGAUUCCUGCUCGCAGCCGAUGCUGCCCAUCUGUGUAAUCCAUUUGGUGGAUUGGGCCUCACGGGCGGCCUCGUCGACGUGGGAAACCUAUUCGACUGUCUCAAUGGUAUCCACCUAGGUGUAGCGGACGACAGCAUCCUCAACCGAUACAGCGAAGUCCGGCGGAAGAUGUACAAAGAGAUAAUCGACCCGGUAUCUACGCAGAACUUGAAACAUUUGCUGCAAGACCCGGACGUCGCGCUGAAGGAAGAUCCGCUGUUCCAGAACAUGGAAACGAUGCAGGAUCCAGAUGCAGUUGCAAAGAUGGUUUCCGUGAGCUCCCCGCCCAUUCCUCCCUUCUGUGUCCGCGUUCAGUUUGUUGCUUUCCAAAAGGGUAUUAACAAUAUCAUGCACGACUUCACGCAAGAGUACAGGCAGCCUCCCACCAGGGAAAUAUCAGCGUCUGAUAUCAAGACGCCGAGUACCACAGAGGUGAAACUGGUGGGAGUGAGCAGUGGAUAA